UAUAUACCCAAGGAUUUGUGGCAGCCGCUUCUUGUAGAGAAAUCUCACUAUCGUGAUAAAACAAAGUGUUUAAGUUGUACUAGAAAUAGGAAUUUAGCUGUAAACCGUCAUCCAGAUAAGGCGUCAUGCGGUCCGUCCUGCUUAUUCUGACGUUGUGCUUGACAGUGGUAAGGCCCAUCGAGGGAUCACGGCUGGGAAGACUUGAAGAUGAUGUUAAAAGUCUCAAAAGCUUCCUAUACAGGAUUAGGCGUCAUGAGGCCCGCCCUGCUUUGUCUGAUGUUUUGCUCACCGUCUUAAGGCCGACCGAGGGAUCACGGCUGAGAAGACAUGAAGCUGAUGUCAAACUUCUUAAAACCUUUAUAUUCGGGGAGUUAACAUAUAAUCGAGAUGAGGUGAAAGUAAUCUCCAACAGAGUCGACAUUUUGGAAAACACCACCGUCACGCAUGACCCGAGCAGUCCUAACCAAGACAAGACCGUCACUUUCUACAACCUUGGUGAUAAAACGGGAGAAAGUGGCAAAACACUCGUACGUGCUGGGAAUAACGAAGCAAGUCCUGCUGUAAUUACAGUGGUUCAAAAUAUGCGCAAGGCUUACGCAAAUGACAAAAAGGACUUACAUUAACUUAAGCAAAAUGUUAAAGGCCAACUGAGAGAGCUUGAACAAAAGAUAACUAGCCAUAUGCAUAACCUACUGCAGACGUGCAACACAAUAUCGAGUACAUUCAUGAAAAUAUAUCGCUGGCAAACGUUACUUUGUCAGUGUUCAUCCAUGGCUCUAUUUCAAACGUUAAUAUUUUUUCUAAUAAAUCAAAAAGGAAAUUGAAGCGUUAUCUUUAAACACAAAUGAACAGCUCGCGCUAAUUAUAUAUCAAACUGAAACGAACUUAAAGCAAAAUAUCACUAAAGCAUACCGUGAGAAAGAGGAUAAGAUUGAAACCUUCAUUUCAAUUGCUGAUCGCAAUGUAAGUGAAAUGAUGCUUAAAGCAGAUAACAUUUUUAGUUUGCUUCGUACUUACUUUUCGGAAACGCUGACUAAAAUAAGCGCCGUAUCAUUAGCACUUCAAACAGAAAACCAGAACAUUCAACACCAUGAAGGAAAACUAACACAUGAUUUUAAGCAAUCAAGCAUGUUAACAUGUAACGAAGACUUUAUUGCCAACAAAGGAACAAUACAAGAUGGUUACUAUUACCCAUGCGCAAAAGACAUCCGUCUGGCCAACGUGUAUCCAUACCGUUCCACCGGCGUCCAGGGGCGGCUAGAGGUCCGUCACGAUAGGAAGUGGGGAACGGUAUGUGAUGACAGCUUUCAGAGUUAUGUUGGUGAACCUUACAUAAUAAACAACGUUAACAUGGUGUGUAGGAUGUUCGGGUCCCGAGAAUGUCAGUAUAUGUUAAAUGCAGUUCAGGGUAGGGGCAGUGGGGAGGUCUGGAUGAACUAUGUGAGAUGUGAUGGGCAAAGUAGCUUCCUAGAUUGCCCUCACGAGGGUUGGGGGAAGCGUCCCUGUUCUCAUGGUGAGGACAUAGGGUUUCGUAUGUGGAACUAAAAAGGUUUAAACAUAAAUUUACGAUCAACUGAUAGGAUUUAUAAUUUAUUUAUAAAAAAGUGCUGUUUUCUCCCGGAUUAUAAAUUAAGUAACAAGAAAUAAGCAUUUUCAAUUGAAACUUUUUUUUAUUAUGACGGUGGAUAUUUGGUCAAUAAAUCUGCAUUUAGAUGAGUGUUUAUGCAUGAAAAUGAACAUGGCGGAAAAUGGCGAAUUAAAACGAUAUGAUAGACGUUCUAAGAAGCACGACAAAAUACGUCAUUGUCUCCACAGCAAUGUUCUUCUUGAUGAAGUCACAACUAUAAUGUUGCAUAUAAAAACUGCAUGCUCCUGAGAAAUAUCUACUCAAGUUAUAUCAAUACUAUCGCCCUAUCAACAAGGAUUGUUGGAGAUGAAUCAUCUAAAUAUUUUUAAGUAAAUGUAUAAUAGUUUGUACAAGAUAUCACAAUACCACUAUAUACACUAUAUAAUGUAUUUAUGCAGCGAAAGACAGCACAAAAGUAAUGUCAAGUGGCAUUAUUUAAUAUGAUAACAAGACAUCCGCUAUAAAAAAGAAACACAUAAACAGCCGUGAUCUAUGCAACAAUAUCGAAAUAUAUAAUGUCUUUAUGUAACAGCAAAUUUUCCAGUAGAAAAAAAGUUUUGCAAGUUUGUAAAACAAAUAUUAAACACGCCAUAACUAUUUUAGUAUGUAUGCAUUCAUAUGUUAUGUAUGUGCACUUCUUAUAAAUAACUAUCAUUUUUUGUAUAAAAUGUUGUUAAACAUACGUCUCUCCCGUUAUAUUUUGCUUUGUACAUUUGUUUAUUGCUAGUUCUAUUAAAUAGCCUCGUUC